AAUUAAAUUUGUUUAUGUUUGAGCAUAGAAGUAAACGGAGAUGAAAAAAAGGUAAUUAUCAGAAACAAUAAAAAUGUUUUUAAAAGAGGCCAGCAAAGUUGGUCUGAAACCAUGCAUUUGUUGUGAAAUUUCUGGGUUGUUACAUUUAGCGUAUACCCAGAAAGAUCUAGUUUUCUUACACUUUUCAAUGUUGAAAAUUGGAGCUUUUCUUGGAUACCCACAUUUCACAUUUUUCAUUAUCAUCAGAGUCAAAGUCUCUUCCUUCUGUGUGUAUAUACACAGUGUGUAUGUACCUCCCAUGUAGUAACCGUCCCCACGAAGCGCUUUCUUUUGAACAAAGAUAUGCGAAUGCCGUGAUGGCCGGAGAGGAAAUGGGUAAAGGAUUGAAGAAUUCGAUGUCAAAUAGUUUGGGUAGUGCCGGAUGUUGUGACAUGAGUCUGAAAUGCCGCUGCAAGUGGCGAUGGGACUCACCAGCUCGAACUUGUGUGCUAUCUCUGACUUUCAUAUUUUUUAUAGCGUCACUCCUCAUUUUUGUGGCGCUUGGGAUAUUUUUUGCCUGGCUUACAAUCUCGCCAUUUGAGAAGCCUGCUUUGAGCACUCUAGGGUGUGGAGAGGAUGAUGAAGGUUCUUGGUCUAUUGGAGUUUAUCAUGGCAGCAAUCCGUUUGCAUUGCACCCAAUUGAGGAUGAAGGAGUGCAGAAUGAUGGGGGUGCAGCCUGGCCUGUCGCUAAUCCUGUAUUUACAUGUGCAUCUGUCUCUGAUGGUACUCAUCCAAGCAAUUUUGUGGCAGAUCCUUUUCUCUAUAUUCAGGGGGAUGCACUAUACCUGUUCUUUGAGACAAAGAAUGCUAUUACAAUGCAAGGUGACAUUGGUGUGGCAAAAAGCAUUGAUCAAGGUGCAACAUGGCAGCAUCUAGGCAUUGCUUUAGAUGAAGAAUGGCAUCUUUCUUAUCCAUAUGUUUUUAAUCAUGAUGGGCAGAUAUACAUGAUGCCUGAGGGUAGUGAGAAAGGGGAUAUCCGUCUUUACCGUGCAUUGGAUUUUCCUUUGCGAUGGAGGUUGGAGAAGGUGCUUCUGAAAAAGCCACUUGUAGAUGCUUUUUUGAUCCAGCAUAAUGAAUAUUUCUGGCUUUUUGGGUCAGAUUUUAGUCGCUUUGGUGCAAAAAAAAAUGGAGAACUUGAGAUCUGGUACGCUGAUUCACUGCAAGGUAAGUGGAAACAACAUAAAGGGAAUCCUGUGCAUAACUCUGAUAAAAGCUUAGGUGCAAGGAAUGGUGGAAGACCUUUUGUGUAUGAAGGUCAGCUAUACCGAAUAGGUCAAGAUUGCGGGGACACUUACGGUCAUCACAUACGUGCAUUUAGAGUAGAAUCUCUUACCAAGGACAAGUUCAAAGAAGUAGAAGUUCCCCUUGGAUUCAUUGAAUCCAAAAAAGGUCGAAAUGCAUGGAAUGGUCUUCGGUAUCACCAUUUGGAUGCACAACAGCUGCCUUCGGGGGCUUGGAUUGCAGUUAUGGAUGGAGACAGAGUUCCUUCUGGAGAUUCAACUAGGAGAUUUCUUCUUGGGUCAUUGGCCAUGUUUUGUUUAGGAGUACUGAUUAUUCUUGUGGGUGUUAUAUUGGGUGUAGUGAGAUGUGUUUUUCCCUUGAGUAGGUGUCUGGGUGGUGGAAAGAGAAAUGACACUUCCUCAUUCUGGACACGUCCUCAUUUCACAUCAAAAUUACACAAGAUAUUCUCUCGCUUGAAUAGAAGCAGUGAUGCCUUACGAGGGAGAAUCAGAUUAAACACAUGUGGAGGUGUACUGCUGCUUUGUUUUCUUUUUGUACUUGCAGUAGCAUCUAUUUGUGUGGCUGUUCGAUGUUUUUUUGGUGGAAAUGGUGCAGAAGAGGCAUAUUCUGUGCAGGGUCAGUAUUCGCAGUUCACUAUGCUGACUAUGACUUAUGAAGCAAGACUGUGGAAUCUCAAAAUGUAUAUCAAACACUACUCUCGCUGUGCAUCAGUUAGAGAGAUAGUCGUUGUGUGGAAUAAAGGGCAGCCUCCUAAUCCAGAAACUGAUUUUGAUUCAGCUGUACCAGUCCGUGUAAGAGUUGAAGAAAAAAAUUCAUUAAACAAUCGUUUCAAGUCUGACCCUCUGAUCAAGACAAGAGCUGUAUUUGAAUUGGAUGAUGAUAUAAUGAUGACAUGUGAUGAUGUUGAAAGAGGCUUCAGAGUUUGGCGAGAAAAUCCUGAUCGACUUGUGGGGUUUUAUCCUCGUCUAAUUGAUGGGAGUCCUUUGAAAUACAGAGAUGAGAAAUAUGCCCGUACAAAGAAAGGCUAUAACAUGAUCUUGACAGGUGCUGCAUUUAUGGAUACUAAGUCAGCAUUUCAGAAAUACUGGAGUGAUGAAGCUAAAGAAGGGAGAAGUCUUGUUGAUGAAUUCUUUAACUGUGAAGAUAUCCUCAUGAAUUAUCUUCUUGCAAAUCAGAGCUCCUCAAGAACUGUUGAAUAUGUUCAUCCAGCGUGGGCUAUUGAUACAUCAAAGCUCUCCAGUGCUGCUAUCAGUAGAAAUACUCAGAUGCAUUAUAGGGUAAGGACAAAUUGUUUGUUGAGGUUUUCUGAGAUUUUUGGCAAUCUUCCUCUAAAGAAGUGGGGUUUUGAGAGUCGCAAAGAUGGCUGGGACUUAUAGCGUAGCAGACUGAAGUUGCAGGACUGUAUAUUGUGGAAGAAAUAGUAUGCCUUUUUUAACACCUAAAAAGUUUUGAUGACCGAUUUGUAUUUACAUGUUGAAGGCCACUUGUACAUACAGUCUAUCAUCUUUGUUGUCUGGGCAGAAUCAAUCACCAAAUUUUGUUUGCAGCACUCUAACAGUGAUAUACUGCAAAGGAUUUGUGGUGAGAAUGAUUCUAAACUGUAGCUGUAGGGCAUGUCAAGGUUUGUAGUGUGAGUUGUACAGCUUCUGUAUUCAAACAAUCCGCAGAAUGCCUAUCCCAGUUUUGGCGGGAUGUUCAAAGUUUUUUUAAAGAAAAAAUUCUAUUGGUAGCCAAAAUGGUUGCAAUUUUGUAAUCCUGUGAGUUUUUGUAGCAGCUAGUCGUGUUUAUUUUCCUGAGAACAAAUAUAUGUUUCAGUUAAUGACUAAUAAUAUCAAGAAUUCUUGUGUA